CAAGCAUUACGUGAGAGUAUGCGGGAUGUACCAGCCGGCUCCGAACUGACUGAACAAGAGGAAGAAAUGGAUCGUCAGUUGCAACGUGCCCUGCAAAUGAGUCUCGAGCAGAAUCUACCGGAUCCGUGCACGGUGGCCGGUGGCUCGGGACUAUCCGGUAACACGACCAAACAACUGAUUAGUAGAUUUGAGAAAUCUGGAGAGGUUGAGCAGUGUUCUGAUCCUAAAGUAUCGCUAAGUGUUAAAGAGUCGUCUUGUGAAGCCACUAGCAGUAGUUGUUUCAGUGGAACUAAGAUUGUAGGCGGAUGCAUUAAGAAUCCGAAAGGUUUAGUUGACGCCGAUGAAUCAAUGGAUGUAAAAGAUGAAGUGGGUCCGGAUGGUGCACCGAAACCUACGGAUUCUGAAGAAAGUGCAUUCAGAAGUGCAGAUUCAUCGGAGGAAUAUUCGGUUAUAUGUCAGUCAGCUGGCGGGCGUAUUAUGGCAACACUCUCUGAAUUGAUCACAGCAAGCGACGAUACACCUCCGUCAUCACAACUUGGCCAAGCAGCGAUCCCUCAUCAUCAUACCGGUGUCAGUAUGCAACAACCCGGUGGAAUGCUAUCAGCUUCACAACAACAACAACAGCAGCAGCAGCAACAAUCGUCAUCAUCGAAUUUGAUGCGAAUGCAACCAGAUGAGACCGCGACUGGUAGUCCUAACGUGGAUCGAAUGCCUCAGCUGAAGCAAUUGAUGCUGAGUGCAGACGAAGAUAUUACUAGACCGUCACAAACAUUCCCAGCGCCAAUU